AUGGGAAGUUUAUGCUGCGGACCUAAUGCAGUUGAGCCAGUAGGCCGUUCAAUAUCAUCCUCUAGGACUAAAGAAAGCCAAAAAUCACCUUCAUUACCCCAAGAGAGCCCUAAAAAAUGAUGAAACAAAGAAAAACGUCCAAAAUACGGAAAAACAGCAAAUAAUCCUGUUGGACCACCAGGCCUUCAAAAUCUAGGAAACACCUGCUUUAUAAACGCUGUCUUGCAGUGUAUUUUUAACACACAACCCUUACAGGAAUAUUUUUUAGGAGGAAUCUACCAAAAUGAUAUAAGCCAAAACGCAAGUAACCAAGGUGAAUAUGCCAGAGCUCUCGCAACACUCCUAACAGAGCAUUGGCUAAGGGCUAACAAAUAUAUCAGACCUCAAGAAUUCGUAAAUUUAGUUUGGCAGAGUUCUAUACUUUUCCGUAAAGGUCUUCCACAAGAUGCCCAUGAGUUUCUUUCUUUUUUUUUAGACAAAUUGCAUGAGGAUUUAAACAGAGCACCAAAAACUAGUAAAAAACUGGCAACAAUAAAAGGGAAAAGAUCCGAGCGAUAUGCAGCGAAAAGUUGGAGAAGCUACUUAGAGACCAAUUGUUCAAUAAUAAUUGAUCUAUUUCAAGGGCAACUCCGGUCAACAUUAAAAUGCUUGAAUUGUAAAGGAGCCAAAGUUAAGUUUGAAAACUUUUUACAUUUAAGUUUACCAAUACCAUCAAAUAUACAAAAUCCAUGCCUUGAUGACUGUAUGAGAGAAUUCACAAAAGCAGAAUUUUUAGUUGAUAAAUGAUUUUGUCCAAAAUGUCAGACACCUGUGUCAGCUGCUAAAAAAUAUGAUAUAUGAAAGGCUCCACCAAUAUUAAUUAUUCACCUUAAAAGAUUUAUUUUCAAUAGAGAUAAACGAGGCAAGGUCGAAGGUCUUGUAAAUUAUCCUCUCGAAGGAUUUGACUUAACAAAAUAUACAGCAAGCACCCAAAGAGAGGUUCCACUUUAUGAAGCAUUUGCAAGAAUUGACCAUUCAGGGUCAUUAGAAAAUGGUCAUUACAGUGCUGCUGUGAAGAAUAAAAGUGCCCAAGAAUGAUACUCUUAUGAUGACUCUUUAGUAGACAAGCUUGAUGAAACUGAUUUGGUUUCACCUGAAGCUUAUGUGCUGUUUUAUCAAAAAACGUCUAUCAGAGAAUUUAAACGACAACAGUUUGAUCUUCCUGAGCUAUGGCCCCAUAUAGUGAAAGCAACACUUGCAAGAAGGCCAAGCGAAGUUUCUGAUCAAGAUGUGUCUUUCAUGUCAAACGAUUCUCAUAUGUCCAAUGAAAGCUAUCAAAACCACUUUUCAGAUUUAUCAGUCAAAGAUUCUUACUAA